CAUCCUUGCUUGUAAUCAUCUGUUUUCUGUUUCACUUGUCAAUUUGUCAUCUGCUGUAAACACAAAUUUUUGCAAAGCAAUGAGUGAAAAAAUAACCAUUGACUUAUAAAUAAGAAAUAAAGGAAAUACAACUUCUUAAUUUUCUACCUGAAAUAUAUUUUCGUCCUGAAACAAGAUCAUAAUGGAAUUGGAAUUCAGAAGCAUUAUAAACGAAAGAAAAAAUACAAUAUAUUUUUCUCAACAAAUAAAUCCUCUAGAACAAGCACUACAGUUUGGUUCAAUUGUCGAAAUUGAAGACAUACUUCGUGAAAAAUAUCAAGCAACAUUAUCACCAGAAAAUGAUUGGGCGAAAAAAUGUAGACAAAUUAUCAAUAUUUGUCUGGAGAAAAAACUUAACGUUAACGUGAAACUCACAAAUUAUUGUUCUUUAUUACAUUUUAUGAUAAAACAUCUCGACGAAGAUUUUGAAUCAGUUAUCAAAAAAUGCAAAGAACUUGAUAUUAAUGCAUUGAAUGUUGUUUAUGAUGAGCCGGAUGAUAAUAAGUCCUUACUUCAUUUUGCGAUUGAUCAAAGAAAACAGAAUGCAGUGAAAGCUUUAAUAGAAUUUGGUGCAGAUGUCGAUAUAAAAGACUCCCGUUCUCGGACACCUUUAUUUUACGCCGUUCUUUCUAAACAAAUAGAAACAGCAGAAAUGCUUCUAAAAGCAGGUGCGGAUAUUAAUGCGAAGGAUUCUGGAAAUAUGAUGCCAAUAAAUUAUGCUUUUGGUGAAAGAGAAGAUACUAGUAAUGAAAAAUACAAACCUUCGAAAUUAGUAAAGCUCCUGUGUUCAUAUGGAGCUGAUUUAAAUUUUAAAAAUCAAAGUGGCUCAAUGACAUUAGUUAUUGCGUGUAGAAAAGGCAAUUUCAAGGAAAUAGAAUUUUUGAUUGAACAUGGAGCUGAUUUAUUGUCGAGUGAUGAAGACGGCAAAACGGCAUUACAUUCUGCAGCCGCAGAAUAUAAUUACAAACUUGUAGAUUUUCUAAUACGUAGAGGUGUUGAUAUUAAUGCUCAAGAUAUGCAUAAGGAAAAUUCUAUUCAUCAUCUGGCAAAUACUUUGAAAACGAUUAAUAAUGUACUUGAAUAUUUCGGAGACAAUACGCAUGAAGCUAUCAGUGACAUAUGGAAUUUCGAUUUUGAAGGCGAUGAAGUUAAAAAAGCUGCGAAAAUGAUAGAAUUUUUAGCGGAUAAUGGCGCAGAUAUAAAUACUUUCAAUAAGCAAAACAUUACACCUCUAAUGAUAAGCGUUCGUUCUAAUGCUCUUGAAAUUACCGAAUGCCUUUUAGAGUUAAAUGCCAAAAUUUACAAUAGUAACAAUUUUCUGCAUUUUGAAGACAGUUUCAACCGUCACGUAAAUACACAAUUUAAUUGUGAUAAAAUUACUACGUGGGCACUAUUGACAGCAUUUUUAGCACUCAAAGACAUCGCUAUUCAUGAAAAUACUUUUUUAUCUGUUGAUUUUCAAUGGGUCGAUUACUCUCUUGAAUCGUGUUAUGAAGAAGUAGCUUAUAUGCAGGAAAAAAAAAUAUGGGCUGAUCGAAAAGUUACAUUUUAUGAUUUUCUAAAUGAAGAUUUGUUGAAGGUGACGAAAUAUUUCAGAAAUGAUGAUGUAAUGUCUGUUUUGGAAUAUGAAAAAUAUCAAGAAUUUCCAGAUUACAGAUAUUUUUUUGAAAAACGUAAAGAGAGGGUUGAGAAAAUGAAAAAUUGUCAGAAUGUUUUUAUUCGUUUUCUCAAGGAAUUUUUUAAGAGAAAUUUACCAAGUGUGGUAAUUUAUCAGAUAAUUAAUUACUUGACAGCUGGGGAUCUUCGCAACUUUGGAAGAGCGUUCUGCAUAACGGAAAAAUCACCUAAUGGAAAAUACUUCAUUUAAAUCGUUUAUUGUUUAUGAAAAAUAAUAAAAUUCAUACAUUAUAAGAAACAUUUACGUUAAGAAAAAUUAUUGUUGACAAUAUUUUUCUAAUUGUGUGAUAAUUACUAUUUAC